AUGUGGCGAAUUUUUCAAGGGACACUCCUUGCGGGAACGUCAUUGCUCCUGACUACUAGUGUUCAGGGCCAGCACGAGGACAUCCCGUACCAGCCGGUGACCAAUAUCUGCCAGACAUGCCUGUGCCUGAGCAGCCAGGACAGUGACCAUCGGACGCACUUCAACCUGGACUGUUCGGUAAAGAAUUUCGAGCACAUCCUGGCCCGCUGGCCGGCGGAGUUCGGAUCGCAGGCCAUAGCGGCUGGAGCUUCUUCGGAGAUUGUGGUCUCGUACUCGGGCAAUCAGAUCAAGUUGCUGCAACAGCUGCCGGCUACGAAUGCCAGCUUGACCCUCUCCUGUCGGCACUGCGGUCUGCAGAAUCUGCAGGUUCCCCUCUUCAUGGAUGUGCCCAAUGUGGAGGCGCUCUACCUCAGCUGGAAUGAGCUGUCCAACGAUGCCCUGGUGCCGGAUCUCUUCAGGGGUCCUUUCCGCAACACUCGCUACGAGCCCAUUGGCUUGCGGGAUCUGGACCUAAGUCACAAUCGAAUUAGUCGACUGGAUCGACGGCUCUUCGAGCACACUCCCCAUUUGACCAAGUUGAAUUUGGCCUACAACAAACUGAUUGCCCUGGACGAAGCCACCACGGCGGCAGUAGCAUCGGUGAAGACCCUGCAGCGAUUGGAUCUCUCCCACAAUGGUUUGAUGUCCCUGCCAGCGCAGCUUUUUCCCACGCUCACAAGCCUCCGUAUCCUGGAUGUCUCGGGAAAUGAGUUCACCGUAGUUCCUGCCAGUCUCUCACAUUUAAGCAAGUCCUUGGUUCAACUAAAUUUGGCGGCGAAUAGCUUCCUCAGCCUGAAGGGAAAUAGUUUUCAGGGCUUGGUUUCCCUGAAACGCCUGAAUAUCAGCAGUAUGCCAUCUCUGCGAAUUCUAGAGGAGGGAGCUCUGCAUUUGCCUGCCCUGGAGGAGCUAUAUUGUUCUAGAAAUUCCAAAUUAGAGCGCUUGGAACUAAACGAUCUGAUAUUCAGUCGGAAUCUAACGCAGUUGGAUUUAUCCCGGAAUGCUUUGAGCACCUUGGUUCUUAAUAUUAGCAAUCCUAACAAUUCCACCAGCAAUCCUGCACCCUGGCCACGUCUUCGCAGCCUGAGCAUCGCCGGUAAUCCCUGGUAUUGCAGUUGCGAACUCUUCAAGACCCUCGAGCUCACGGGAAUAUCGCAUAUCGAAAGGGAAACCGAUGGUACCGAAGCCCGCUGUGAAACCCCAUAUCUUUUGGCCGGAGCCCCACUCUCCAAUUUGACAGCGGAAAAGAUCUGCAAAAUGGUGAUACCCAAGAAAUAUCGGGAGGUCGACGAGGAGCCACCGCGAUUCCUGCGACGUCGGUACAUCAUACUCACCGCCAUCAUAGCCAGCAUUGUCCUGGUCAUCGGCCUGGUGAUCGGAUUCGUUGUAGUCUGCGUGCGUCGGCGGCUCAAGGGCAGCGACUACGGGGUCCAGCCCAUCCGGUAUACCAGCGUGCGGGGCAGCAAUUUGUCGCAGUUCUCGCAGCUGCAACCCGCUUCGGUGGCCAGUAAAUUCAAAAAUGUCCAUGCCGGGAGCAGCAGUGGAGCCACCACAGGUGCUGCCAAUGCCUAAAGCGGUGUUCAAAUCCUAAUUCGGUUGCAAUUCCGAGCUAGCUGCACAAGUUUCGAGCCAAAGAUGUUACGAACCUAACCGACAAACAAAAAAAAAAGACUUUCUGUGCGUGCUAUCCUGUAUAUAUGUAGGUGUCCUCUGUAUCCUUUUCCUAACCCCAGUCCUUAAAACUAACCCCUAGUGCUUAGUGAUGCCAUCGAUGUUUGUAUUGUACUUAAGUUCCAAACGUUAGUGUGUAAUAAAACAUUUUUAAAAUCAA